CACGAGACACUCACGGCCUUUUGGCGGGGAAAGCCUCCAGAGUAAACAAAAACAACGACCGGAAGGCACCAACAGCCCAUUUUCCGAUGCUCUCUGUCUAUUGGGAGCGAUGAGAUCUAGGGUUAGGGUUUCUCCCCGAAUUAGGGUUCUUCUUUGUUAGUUCUUUUCUAUUUGGAUUAUUCUAUGAUUUCUUUUUCCUCUCUUUUGAAUCUAUCGGGUGGUUUGGGCUUCAAUGGCGGGGUGUUCGCGGGCCCGCGCCAUUCGUUGAAAGCUGGAAGCUUUUUUAGGUUUGGUUAACUCGCAGCGGUGGCGUUGUUACCCUGUUAAUGCGCCCCAUGUUCUUAUCUCUGAGGAAAAAAAUCCCUUCUUCUCUCGUCGGUAAAUCUCUAAUCCCUUCUAAAAGUCGCCGGUUUUAGCUGUUUAAAGCUCGAAUCUCUGGAAAAGUUGACGUCUUCUGCUCUAAUCGCUGUUAAAACCCCCAUUGCUGGUUAAAAGGAGGGAGUUUUUGUUUUUCCUUCUGCUGACAGAGGAUUUCUAUUCGUGUAAAUAGAAGAAUGCCAGUGAUUUCUUAUGUGUAGUAAAUGCUGUAUCCUGGCAGUGUUAGAUUUCAUCAAAAAGGCACCAUUUUUUAGGGGUUGGUCUUUUCCAAAAGAGUGAGAACUUCGGUUUAAUACUCUUCGCUGGUUCUUCUCUACCCUCUCUCUCAGCUUGACAAAACCCCUCUUUGACAUGCUUUAGCUGUUAGUUGAUUAGCGGCAAUUUUGGUUGGGUUUGAAGACAGCUAGCGAGUAGAGAGGGAAUGAUGGGGUUCUUUAGAAGAUUAUUGGUGGUAUUUCUUGUUGUAGUCCCUUCCUUGGCUCAGCUCCCAUCGCAAGAUAUCAUAGCCCUCCUCCAGUUCAAGAAGGGGAUAACCCAUGACCCCACUGGCUACAUCUCGGAGUCGUGGAAUGAGGAGUCUAUUGACGUCAAUGGCUGCCCUUCGUCCUGGAAUGGCAUUGUGUGCAAUGGUGGAAACGUGGCAGGUGUUGUUCUUGACGACCACGGCCUCUCUGGGAGUGCUGAUCUUGCAGUGCUUGCCAACCUUACAAUGCUCCUUAAGCUCUCGAUGACCAAUAAUAACCUCUCUGGGAGGUUUCCUGACAAUGUGGCCGAGUUCAAGAGUUUGAAGUAUUUGGAUAUCUCCAACAAUGCAUUCUCCGGGAAGCUACCUCAGAAUAUUGGGAAUCUUCGGAGCUUGCAGAACCUGUCGUUGGCCGGGAACAACUUCUCUGGGCCUUUGCCUGACUCUAUUGGGGGGCUUGCCUCGAUUCAGUCCCUGGAUUUGAGCCACAACUCUCUUUCUGGUCCCUUACCUUUGUCAUUGAAGAGUCUUAGGAGCUUGGUUUCGUUGAACCUCUCGUGCAAUGCUUUCACAAAGAAGAUACCGACUGGGUUGGAAAGGAUGAGCAGUCUGGAGGUAUUAGAUCUGAGCUGGAACCAAUUGGAUGGUGGCAUUGAUUGGAAUUUUCUCAUGGACUCGAGUGUUGUUCAUGUUGACUUAAGUGGGAAUUUGCUCACCAGUGCAAACCCAAAUGAGCUAAAAUUUUUGUCCGAUAUUUCGGAGACGGUUAAGUAUUUGAAUGUGAGCAACAACCGACUGACUGGAUCGCUGAUUGAAGGAGUCGAAUUGUCUACUUUUGGGAAUCUGAACGUGUUGGACUUAAGUUAUAAUCAGUUGUCAGGGGAGCUGCCAGGCUUUAAUUAUGUCUAUGAUCUCGAGGUUCUAAGGCUAGGGAACAAUGGCUUUUCUGGGUUCUUACCAAGUGGGCUUCUGAAGGGGGAUUCUCUGGUUUUAAGUGAACUGGAUUUGAGUGCAAACAAUCUCUCAGGGCAUAUCAAUAUGAUCACUUCAACAACUUUACGUGUCCUUAAUCUUUCCUCUAAUGCUAUUUCUGGGGAACUUCCAUUGUUGACAGGAAGCUGCACAGUUUUAGACCUAUCACAGAAUCAAUUCACUGGAAAUUUAUCUGCCAUCGCAAAAUGGACGGAUAACCUUGAAUAUAUUGAUCUUAGCGAGAAUCAGUUGAUGGGACCCAUUCCAGAGGUAGCCUCACAGUUUUUACAACUUAAUUACCUCAAUCUCUCCCAUAAUGCUCUAAUCAACACUAUCCCAGAAGUUGUUGCUCAGUACCCCAAGCUCACUGUUCUUGAUAUGGGCUUUAACCAAUUAAGUGGUCCUAUUCUAACUGACUUGCUGGUGUCAUCCACACUGCAAGAGCUUUAUCUCCAAAACAACAUACUUGCAGGUAGCAUAAUGUUCUCAUCAUCUUCAUCCAGGAAGCCCAACCUUGUUGUGCUUGAUAUUUCUGGAAACCGUUUUAAUGGCAGUUUUCCUGAUGAUUUUGGCUCCUUGACUGGUCUGCAAGUGCUUGAUGUUUCAGCAAAUAAUUUCUCUGGUCCUUUGCCACCUGCCAUCACUAAAUUAAUUUCCCUCACUUCCCUUGACAUAGCCAGAAACCACUUCACAGGCUCCCUGCCAGCAACUUUACCCAGCACCCUUGUAUACUUCAAUGCCUCCUACAAUGAUCUAUCUGGAAUUGUCCCAGCAAACCUGAGGAAGUUCCCAGAUUCUUCUUUCCAUCCAGGAAAUUCUAGGUUACAAUUUCCUGGUGCCCCACCUGGAUCUGGCAGUGCUACAUCUGGAAGUCCUGGUCACAAGCCAAUCAGACCUUUAGUUAAAGUUGCAGUUAUAGCUGCUUGUGUUCUUGCUGUGGUGAUUCUAAUCCUUUUAGUAGUUCUUUUGCAUCGGAAGAGCAGUUCAAGGAGAUCUCAAUCAGAAAAGGUUUCAGAUAAAAACAUUCAGAGGUGGACCUUGCCAGAUACUGCAGGCAUCAAAAGCAGGGAAGCUGGUGGUGCAUUGGUGGUGUCAGCCGAUGAUCUUAUAGCUCCAAGGAAAGGUUCUUCAUCUGAGAUAAUUAACCCAGAAGAGAAAAUAGCUGCCAUGUCUGGCUAUUCACCAUCCAAGAUUAGCCGCUUCUCAUGGUCACCGGAUUCAGGGGAUACAUAUACACAGGGAAAUCUCGGAAGGUUGGAUGUCAGAUCACCUGAUCGGUUGACAGGCGAUUUACAUUUCUUGGAUGAGACAAUCACACUAACACCGGAGGAAUUAUCAAGGGCACCAGCUGAGGUAUUGGGAAGGAGCAGCCAUGGGACUUCAUACAGGGCGACACUUGAUAAUGGGCUGUUCUUGACAGUGAAGUGGCUCCGAGAAGGGGUGGCAAAGCCAAAGAAAGAAUUCGCUAAAGAGGCAAAGAAAUUUGCAAAUAUUAGGCACCCUAAUGUUGUGGGGUUGCGAGGUUACUACUGGGGCCCCACCCAGCAUGAGAAGCUUAUCUUGUCAGAUUACAUUUCACCUGGAAGUCUUGCUAGCUUUCUUUAUGAUAGACCUGGAAGAAAAGGCCCACCAUUAACCUGGGCCCAGCGGCUUAAAACAGCCGUCGAUGUUGCACGUGGCCUAAACUAUCUCCAUUUUGACCGAGGUAUCCCCCAUGGCAACCUCAAAGCCACUAACAUACUGCUGGAUGGCCUCGAUCUCAAUGCUCGUGUCGCGGACUACUGCCUUCACCGCCUGAUGACCCAGUCAGGGACCGCCGAGCAAAUGCUGGAUGCUGGUCUGUUGGGGUACCGUGCCCCAGAGCUGGCAGCAUCCAAGAAGCCAUCUCCAUCCUUCAAGUCGGAUGUUUAUGCCUUCGGGGUGGUGCUGCUGGAGCUCCUGACAGGCAGAUGUGCGGGGGAUGUCAUCUCAGGGGAGGAGGGAGGCGCUGAUCUGACCGACUGGGUGAGACUGAGGGUGGCGGAAGGCCGUGGUUCAGAUUGCUCUGAUCCAGCCAUGGCCCCGGACAUGGCGAAUCCAGCAGUCACCAAGGGCCUGAAGGAAAUGCUCGGGAUAGCUUUGAGAUGUAUUCGCCCGGUUUCAGAGAGACCGGGUAUUAAGUCUGUAUAUGAGGAUCUUUCAUCCAUAUGAAGCUUUGAUGGAGCUGUGUGUAGGACUGUUUUUGGUAAAUGCAAGUGCUGGCCUCUUCUUGAUGCCUGGCAAGUUGAUUA